AUGAAAGAAAAUAAAGAGAAAAGUUUAAAAAAUGGUAACAAACACAAAAAAUUUCAGUUAUACAAACCUCGUAAAAAGAAAAGUGCUGAAGAAGAUGCAGCUAUCCAAUAUUUACAAGCCCAAUAUGAGAAGAUUCUUCCUGAAGAGAUCAAAACUUUUAAAGAUUUUCCUCUGUCACAAAAGACACUAAAAGGUCUCAAAGAAAACAAUUUCAUUUUACCAACAGAGAUUCAAAAGCAAGCCAUAGGGUAUGCUUUGCAAGGGAAAGAUAUUCUUGGUGCGGCUAAAACUGGUUCUGGAAAAACUCUUGCAUUUUUGAUACCAGUACUUGAAAAUUUGUUUUGCAAGAAAUGGACUCGUCUAGAUGGAGUUGGUGUAUUAGUUAUUUCACCCACAAGAGAAUUAGCAUAUCAAAUAUAUGAAACGCUACGCAAGGUUGGCCAUUUUCAUGACUUUUCAGUGGGAUUAAUAAUUGGUGGGCAAAAUUUAAAAUUUGAAAGGAAGAGAAUGGACCAAAUGAAUAUUCUUAUUUGCACUCCUGGUCGUCUAUUGCAACACAUGGAUGAAAAUCCUCUCUUCAAUUGCAAUAAUCUCCAAAUUCUGGUUUUGGAUGAAGCAGACAGAUGUCUGGACAUGGGUUUCGAAACCACAAUGAAUGCUAUUAUUGAAAACUUGCCACCAGAGAGGCAGACACUCCUUUUUUCAGCAACUCAAACAAAAUCUGUUAAAGACUUAGCACGUUUAAGUUUAUCUUACCCCACAUACGUUGCCCCACAUGAACAGGCUGAAACAGUGACCCCUGAGUUCCUUCAACAAAGUUACAUUGUCUGUGAGAUUGAUGAGAAACUUGGAAUUCUAUGGUCCUUUAUAAAAAAUCACUUGAAACAGAAGGUUUUAAUAUUUAUGGCAACUUGCAAGCAAGUGAAGUAUACUUAUGAUUUGUUUUGUAAACUAAGACCUGGUGUAAGCCUGCUAGCUUUGUAUGGUACUUUGCAUCAAGAAAAAAGAGAGAAAAUAUACAAUGAAUUUUGUAGAAAAUCAAAUGUGGUUCUUUUUGCUACUGAUCUGGCUUCAAGAGGAUUAGACUUUCCAAGAGUUAAUUGGGUCAUUCAAAUGGAUUGCCCAGAAGAUGUUGAUACUUACAUCCAUCGUGCUGGUAGGACUGCCAGAGGAGUUUUUGGUAAAGGUGAAGGCCUUUUAAUGUUGUUACCUCAUGAAGAGAAAAUUAUAGAACAACUAAAACAUAGAAAAAUACCAAUCAAUAAAAUUUCAGUAGAUCCCUCAAAAGUAAUUGCACCUCAAAGGAAAAUAGAGGCUUUAUUAUCUGAUCACAUAGAGUUAAAACAGACAGCACAAAGAGCAUUUGUAAAUUAUCUAAAGUCUGUGUUUUUGAUGAAAAAUAAAGAUAUAUUUAAUGUGCAACUCAUUGAUACAGAUGCUUAUGCUAGGUCACUUGGCUUAAUUGUGCCCCCAAGAAUAAGAUUCCUAAGAAAGUAUCAGAAAAAUAAUGUUGCCAUGGGUAAUGAGGGUGCUGGAACUGAUGAUGUUGUUGAAAAAUUAAGGGAAACGGCUGAAGCUAAUAAGGACUCAGAUGAAAGCAGUUCUGAUGAGGAAGAAACUAAUAUAGAACCUUUGCUUGAGUCUAAGAAAACAAAAUUACAAAAAAAUAAAAUUCAAAUACCUAAAUUAAAUUUCCAUAAUGAAGAAGAUAGCGAUGAUGGUGAUUUUUUACAAAUUAAGAAAACAAAUGUUGAUGUUCAUGAAACUCCACAAGUUGAAGAUGAACCUAAAAUCUCAAAGAAAAAAGCGAAACCAUUAACAAAAGCAGCAGUAGCUAAAAAGAUUUUAAAAAAGAAAAUCAAAGUUAAUACCACAGUUAAAUUCACUGAAGAAGGUGAAGUAAUACAAGAUGACCAGAGAACCUUGAAGUCGGAUGUUGCAAAACAAUUGAGUAUUGAAAAUAUUGGUGGAAUCGACAUAGAAAAAGCCAAAGAAAUGUUACAAGAAGAAGAUAAAUUUGACAAAAUUCGAUUUAGGGAGAAAGUGAAAGCUAAGCAUAAGGAACAAAAACGUAAAUUGAAGAAUAAAAAGAAAGAGGAAGAUGGAGAGAAAGAUGAAUUUGGAUCAUUAUCAGAAUCUGAAGGUCCUGAUCUGUCAUGGUUACCAGAUCCUGAUAAAAUUUAUGGGAAAAAUGACAGUGAUGAUGGUUCCUUAUCUGAUAACUAUGAGAGAAAUUCUAUGCAGUCAGAAGACAACCAGGAAUCAGAGGAAUCCGGAGUUGACCAGGUCUACCACAGACCACCUAAGAGAAAACUAAUUGAGAAUAGAGGUAUUCCCCAAGAGAGCGUGGCGCCUCGCAAAGUAAAGAAGAUAGAAGAUAUAUCCUGUAAAUUGUCUGUACAAGAAGCUGAAGCUCUUGCUAUGAGCCUUUUGCAGAAAAACAAUAAAGUUUAA